CGACGAGUCGUCGACUCAACAUUGCCUUUGCAGCGACAGGCGGGACGAGCAACAGAGAAUCGAAGCGGCGAUAGGGGACAGGUGAAGGCUGCGAGCACUGAUCUGCAGGGAAGCAGCAUGGUGAUUGUUUCAGGUUCGGAGCAGUCGGCACUUGCAAAGCCCAAUCCCGCAGGGUCGCCGUCCAAGAAGGCGAGCAAGAAGAAGGCCGGCGUGAGCAAGAAAGCGGGCAAGGCUUUGGGGACGGCAGCGGCGCCCACAACCAAGAAGAAGCCGACCGGGACGACCCGUGCGCGCAAGCGGGCGUCGCGUUCGCCCGAGGUGGUCUACUAUGAGUGCCAGCAUACCGGGUGCGGGAUGCUCUCGCUGGACCCGCGGCAGAUGGCCGGCCACGAGCGGCGCUUCGGCCUGCACAGCCAGCACGUGGCCGAGUGCGGCGGCGACUGCCCGCGAUGCCGCGACCUUUUUGAAGCUGAGGAGUGGACGAUAGACGGCGGGCGCGACGACCACAUCUGCCGGCAUGCAAACUGCGAGUACUUUUCGUCGUCGCCGCGCAUUGCCAACCGCAAGCAGGCGGUGGAGCGCCACGAGAUGGCCUUUCCCAUCCACUACAUGCACUUUGAAGAGUGCGGCGGUGAAUGCGAGAUGUGCAAGUCGCUCAUCUCGGGCCCGUGGCAGGCCGAGCGGGCCAACUGGUUGCAGAACCAGACCCAGCUGGUCCGCAGGCUCGCCUCCAAAGAGGCUCAGAACAGAGCAUGCCUCACCGUGCUCCCUCCUAUCCUUCCGCACCAGACCUAUGUCCGGCACCAUGUCGACAUCAACUUUUCCAAGGGCCCCAAGCAGCGCAAGGGCAUCGCUUCGCACCCUGCGCCGACCGAGCACCCGCCGCCGAUCGACGGUGCCGCUGCUGCCGCUACGCCGCAGCACGGAGGUGCGGCACCCGCUCGGAAGCCAGUGGCAGAGACAGGCGCAAAGGCUUCCAAGGCUCCCAAGGCUGCCAAGGCUCCCAAGACUCCCAAGACUCCCAAGACUUCCAAGGCCAAGGCCAAGGCGAAGGCCGGGUCGGCCCCGCAGCGGCCGCGGCCGCCGUCGGUCCCGAUCCCGAACGCGAACGGGUCGAUGGGUGCGACGCGGGUCGAGCUCGCGACGCCCAACACGAUGCGGGCGGCGACAGUGAUGACCUCACUUGUUCCACCGCAUCCUGCGCCUGACUCUGCGCGUGGGCAAAUGAUCCGCAGGCGUGUCAUCCGCAAAAAGUCGUCGUCGUCGAGCACAUUGCCGCAGACGUUUAUGCCGCCGGUUAACCUUGGGCGGUCGGUGUCGAUGGCCGGGGCGCCGCAGCUGCUCCGGGGCAACGCCGACGCCAAGGCAUCCGCGUUCAAGAAGCCGUCGCGAGUGAGCGAGCUGGACCCGUACGCAUGGCCGAGCAAGCCACUCCCGCACGACGAGGCUGAGUACUACUACGCGUACUCGUACGAGGAGGGCGUGGAGGCGGAGCCGUCCGGCCCCGCGGCCUUGGAGGCCGCGCGCGACGACGACGGGCUGAAACCCUCUCUGGAGGCCAGCUCCGGGUACUAUCAGCCGGGCGACGAGGACAACGACCCGAACGUGACCAUGGCCGCGCCAACCAAGAUUGCUGUUCAUCCGCGCGCCGAUGUACGUGCGGCUGUUAGCUCGGGCCUCGCCGAGGCCAACCGGGUGACGCCCAAGAAGCCAGCGACGACGUCGCGCUCGUCGUCACGGGCGGGCCUUGCCGACGAGGAGCUGCUCACGAUGGGCCUCGACUCGGCGUCGCUGACCAUGGUCGAGCCGCAAGUCGGCCGCCUCACGCCGACGGCAGCGCAGCUCCGCGAGGACUACGCGAGCGUGACGACGCCCAAGCCCUCGGUGGAGGCGCCAUUCCGUCCGUUCAACAGCGGCGCCGUCGCCGAGGAGCUCUUCCCCAGCCUCGGCGAGCCGUCGGCCGAGGCGAGCGAGAGCCGCAAGCGCAAGCGUGGGCCCGGCGCCAGCGGCGAUGACGACGGCCUGGACGACGACGGCUCGGCUGCGUCGCUCUUCAAGGUCUCGCGCAACCUGCUCGGCGAGCCGUCGCGGUCGCGGCUCCCAUCCUACCUCGACCUCGAGAUGGGCUCGAGCGACCCGGAGCUGGCGUCGAUCUUUGACGAUCCCGCCGAGACGGCGGCGCCGGGUGUCCAGCGCUCGGUCUCGGCGCUCCCGCUGCUGGAGCGCGGCUCGAUGCCUGCGCUCGCCCACUGCCGGGCGCCAGGCGCGUCGGGCGCCAUCGGCCACUCGAGCCUCGGUGCGCUCCUUGCCGGCUUCGAACCGUCGUCGUCGGCGCCUGCCACGCCGAUCGUUUCGCGGCAUGCCUCGUUCCUGGACCUCCACGACCAGACCUCUGCCACCGGUCUGCUCUUUGCCGACUGCUCCGGACGGGCCUCGCCCUUUGCGCACAUCCUUGAGCCGCAGAUGUGACGCCGCCCAUCUACGGUGCGCAUCCAUCAUCACUCGUUCACACCAACACGCCACACCAAGCAACUACAGUAAAUGCC